AUGUCAAACCACCAAGAUUCAAGUGUCUUUCGUCUGUCUCCCAAUGGCCAGCUGUACGAGUCGUUCUGCGUGUUCUGCCCGCUGGACCGGCUGGACAGCCUGUCGCUGCUGCGCGAUGAGGACGUGCUCGUGGACUGGUCGCGGCCCAUCUUCCUCAACUUCACGCACGAGGCCAUCAUGGGGCGCAUCCAGGACUUCUACAAGGACCGCGGCACGCUGGACAAGGUGUGCGGCGACGUGUACGUGUGUGACGGCGAGGUGCAGGACCAGGAUUUGCACAGCUCACCCCUGCUGGACGCGGCCAUGCACGAGCUGCGCUCCGAGCACGCCAAGGACAUCCACGGGCUGUACCCGGCCAACGACAUGGAGUGCCUGGAGGUGUUCGAGAAGCUGCUGCACGCGCUGCCCUCGUACGGCGUGUUCUCCUCGUCGGGCGAGCUGGCCGCCUGGAUGGUGCAGAGCUACUACGGAGCCAUGUUCUCCAUGCAGACCCGCCCCCAGUUCCGACGGAAGGGCUACGGCACGCACCUCGCUCAGUCUCUCACCAAGCUCGUGAUCCAGCGGGGCUACAUCCCCUUCGUCAUCAUCCGUCCCGAGAACGAGGCCUCGCUGAGCCUGUACCACAAGCUGGGCUUCCGCCGCGCCUACCGCACGGUGCGCGCCGUGCUGCACCCGCUCGACUGGCCCCGGGGCGCCGACGACCUGAGCGCCAGCCUCAUGGACCCCGUCGUGGAGCCCCUCAGCAUCGUGGCGGCGGUGCUCCCGGACGUCGCGGCCGUGCCGGUACCCAUCGAGUUCGUGGACGUGCCGGCCGCCUUCGCGGACGCAGAGCACCCCGCCGAACAGCAGGCGGCCGACGCGCUGCCCGACAUCCCCGCGCCAGAGGAGUUCCGCCACGAGGGCGACGCGACGCCUGACGGGUUCCUGGCCGACGCGGUGCCCGCCAUCCCUGCCCCGGAGGCCUUCAGGAAAGUCUUCACGUCCGAAGUGUUCCGCAAGCUGCCCGACCUCGCGCCACCCGAGUUCAUCAUCGGCACCCUGGAGGUGCUCGCCAAGGAGCAGCCCGUGGUCGCGGCCCCCGAGGCCUUCCGGAACGAGGCGGACGCGGUGGCGCACGCGGAGAACGGCGGCGCGCCGGACGAGGCCGAUCAGGCCAACCAGGAGGCCAACAUCGAUUCGGCCGGCGAGGAGUCUCCGCACGUGGCCGUCGUGGAGCUGGCGGCCCCGGCGGCCGAGUAACUGAGCGUGCGGAACGUAACUAGAGCAAGCGGCGCUGCUUGUGUUGGCGCCAACUAACGCUAGCUAGGGCGAUGGUGCUGGUUAAUGUAGUGUAGGUAUCGCGGGUGCGUCGGGGUGGGGAGCGGAGAGCUGUCUCUGCCGGGAGCGUGCUGUGCCGAGAGGAACGUCAGCCAGGGUGUUGUUAUUGUGUCAAGAAGAAGUUAACUGUAGGUAGUUAGGGUGAUGGAUCUGCCCGCGAAACAUCUUAGUGGACAGCACGAGCAUGGGUCCAUAUUCGACGGGUUGAGCGUUGCCAUUAUAGUUACUCAGGAAAACAGGGAAGGGGCCGACACGACUGGCUCCAAUAGCUUUAGGAGUGAUAGGCGUGCAGCUUGACCAAUGCACGUACCUCGUUUAUCAGUAUCCAAAUCUUAGGAUGUGAGUUUGAUUUUCUUUUCUUUACCAAAGAACCGUUUCUAUUCCGGUAGGGUUUUAAUUCGACGACUCCAGAGGAUUCCCCGUCGAUAUAAUAGAUGCAUACAAACUCAUUGCGCGGUCUGUGAUAAAUUAGAAAUAAUUUGUAUGGUCUUAUUGCACAAAACUACCGUUUUAUCUGUCUCGUAGUUUUUACCCAUCAUUGUAUGCAUCUCAUGUGAGAAAUAUGAAGUAGUAGAGUUUUUGAUUAAUGUUCCCGCCGACCAGAGACCGACUCCCCGACGCACCCGUAGUCAUUAAGUAAGGGGACAUCGUCGUCCUUUUGUAUUAUGAUUUAUUUUAAUUAUUAUCGUAUUUAUUCGUAGGACGCCUGCUCAGCACAGCUGUUUGUAAACAGCCUGCGCUAGUGCGCCCUCACUCUUAAUCCAAUGAUCUCUACUUCCGUUUUCAUCCCCUUCAUAUGUUAUUUGAAGGUUCUCAAAUGCCUAAGUCACCGUGCGGCAAAGAAGGUCACCGGAAUACUUAUUUCUUUAUUCUUGUUUUCCUUUUUCAUUUCCUUCCCCAUUACGUCAGUGCGGCGUUGAGCGAGACGCAUGCCGGGCCCGCCCACCUCACGGGCGCGCAAGUAAAUAGAUCCGCCCCCGACUUUUCGUCCCUCGGUAAUGUAUGGAAAGACGUUCCUCCUUUCCUGUCGUUGCUGGGCAAACUUAACCUGAAUAGUAAUCUGUCCCGAUCCGUUGACUGGGACUUGUGUAGAACUGGUCCGCACGGAGACUGCGAAUAAAGUUUGUGAAGUGUGUAUUUUCUGUGAGAGACGUGUUGAGGAGAAGUAAGCGUCUUUGAUCCAAGCGGUCGUUUUUUUCUUUGUUUUCAACAAAUUUUGACUAUUAUUGUCAGCACCGUUCCAUCGCAUUUAAGCACAUUGGUGAACCGUACCUAGUACUUCUGGGCGGGUGUGGUGCUGACACCGCCGCACUUCCUAUUUAUCGAGAGUGAUUACCUACUAUGCACUCGAACCUUUAUCUGGCUGACUUUAGCGCAGAAAAUGUAGCGUUGUGUAGAAGUGCCCAUGACAAAGGGUGACGGCCGUAAUCAAUGGCAUAUUUGCGUAACUAUUGUAGUAUGGAUCUUUUAUACAUUCUUAUUACUAGUAGUUCAUAUCACGAAUUUCUAAGUAAUUAAAUUGUAAACGAGUAUGUGGCCUGCAAUCGUGGAUUGUUAGCUGAUGACGUGAAUAUUAUUGGUAGGAUGAUACUGUGAAAUGUACCUUCAACACUGUUUGAAGUCAUGCUUAAUUUUUAUGAAUUUGCUGCAAAUUUUAUUUUUCAUUUUUAUUGGAUCGAAACAGCACUGCGUAAGAAGUGUUUAUUGUUGUUAUUUCGAUAUCCAACUCUAAGCCUACGACCUAUUUUCAGUGAGAAGUUUUUGUAGCACCCCUUUUUGGUACGGGUACGUUCCUUGAGAAUAUUUUUUCUAAGUCUUUGGAAGUCUUCCAUGCAGUAUUUUCUUUUCAAUAUCUUUUGUCCUCUAGGCGACAGUGCUGUAGCGUGACAUGCAGUUUAGGGGUUUCUUAAGGUGUGUUUCGCUAUCGACCCGGGGGGCCUCGGUGCAAGUAGUGUGCGCCCAGAUUCCAGCCCGAAUGCCCCGCUUUGUCGCUUCGUAUUACACUGCUAGAGGUGCCAGGCGGUCAGUUCCGGGCUGGUCGGUUUUGAGCGAGUCUUUUCCAGUCCGAGCCAGUUCAGCUGCGAGCGAGUCUGCUCGAUGGGUCAGCUUCUCGCAGUAGUUGGCUCCCAGCGAGUCGGCGCGCGGUUUUAGAACAUUGCUCUGCUGCUCACUCUACCAAAGGGUCCCAUUAGAUUGGCUCCCCACACUUUCAAGCUGUUCGCUAACGCUCUAGGUCCGCCUCUCUUUCCUCCCGCACCGUGAGCGGUCAGACCAGACGGCGAAGGUUGCUGCUGGUGCUUGUUGCGUUGUCCGAAACACUGCUGGCAGCAACAGCACGGAACUAGAACUGGGCACGCCCCUACGCUCAGCUGGAGUGGUGAGGCGUCGCCCUCCCGGGGCCACCGCAGAGCACCGAAGGGGUGCAUGUGAAAAAAAACAAAACAUUAUAAUACCUCGCUUUCCCUUCCAUUCUGUGUCUCUAUUCGCUGUUUCGUUUGUUAUUUUGGUGGAACCCAUCUCGAAUGUACGAAUUUUGUUGACCUGCUUAAAAUUGCACAUCGUUUUCUGUGAUAAUAAAAAAAUAAAAAAAACUUAUGGCCAUAA